CCGGAGCGCGGCCCCCAGUCUCCAUCAUGGACAACCUAGAGGAGGACCUGACGUGCUCGGUGUGCUACUCUCUGUUCUCUGACCCACGAGUCUUGCCGUGCUCGCACACCUUCUGUAAGACCUGCCUGGACAACUUGCUCCAGGUGUCUACCAACUACUCCAUCUGGCGUCCGCUCCGUGUUCCGCUAAAAUGCCCCAACUGUCGCAGUGUGAUGGAGCUGCCCCCGGCAGGCGUAGAAGCUCUGCCCACCAACGUAUCUCUGCGGGCCAUCAUCGAGAAAUACCAGAGGGACAGUGACCCACGACCCCCCUCCUGUCCGGAGCACAACAGGCAACCUCUGAACAUGUACUGCAUCCGGGAUCGGCAGCUGAUCUGCGGGCUGUGUCUGACUGUUGGGCAGCACCAGGGCCACGCCAUAGACGACCUGCAGGCGGCUUUCAUCCGAGAAAAACAGACGCCAUCGCGACUGCUGGCCAGACUCUCUGAGCAGAGAUGGGUGCAGGCGUGUGAGCUAGGGGAGCAGCUGGAGCAGGAGAAGGCCCGCUGUGAGGGGCUGGUGAGGCAGGACCGACAGGAAGUCAACCAGUUUUUUCAGACGCUGGAGGCGGUGCUGGCCAGGAAGAGACAAGCCUACCUGGAGGCCCUGGAUAAAGCUGCUGCAGAGGUGUCCCAGGCCUACGACCCACUCAUCCACAGAGUGAAGGAGCUACAGGAAGAACAGCUGGACCUGGUGUCCUUGGGUUCAUCAGUGGAGGAGGAGGACUCGCCGCUGGUCUUCCUAGAGAAGGCGCACUUGUUCAGAGAGAGGGUGGAGGAGUUUAUUAAAACCCCUCUGCCCUCGGUGUUAAAUCUCUCUGUCAACCCGCGGGCAGCAGAGUACCUGCAGCAGCACUGGCCCGCUGUGACCAUCGGGAGUCUGGAGGAAGCGCCCAUUCCUAAGGUGAGCUGCUGCACAAGAUGCGGCGGUGCGGAGGCCGAGGCCAGAGGGGAUGAGUCCGACCCGUGGCGCGAGCUAUGGCCGACUUCUUUUGUGGUGCUUCUGGGGCUGCUGCUGCUGCUGGCGGUGCUGUGGGCGAACCCGGUCGGGGGCGCGUCGCUCGGCUUCUCACUGUUGUCGCGGUUCAGUCAGUUAGUCCACGGCCUGGGCAGUGAACUCAUCACGUCUGUCUGGGACACGGCGGGAUCAGCGUACACGGUGGCGGAGGCGGCUGUAGAGAGGUGUGGCACACAACUCUCCUCAGUCGGGGAGAAGGCUUUUCAGCAGCUGGCUGCCUUAUUUAAAACUCUGACAUCCCACUGAUGAAACCUUAAACCCUCAACUUUUAUAUAGAAACAACAGAAAGUCUCACUUCCCCAUUCCAGUAGUAAAGGGGAAAAAAUCCACCCUAAAAUAUCAUUUAAACAGCUGCUGCUUAUUUUGAUGUUUGACAAUAGCAACAAUCAAAAACAGCGAAUGUCUGAUUUUGCUGUCAGUUUCACAGUAAAACAAGGCUUUCUUUUUAGAUGUAGACCAACACUGAACCUUAUGUGGUAACAGUGGAGUAAAUGAACCACAAUGCAUUGCAGGUCCUUUUCCUUUGUUUUUGUUAACGCUUCUCAGCACUCACACCUGGAAAAUUAAGGCAAUAAGUAAACAAAUAACUAGAUAUUGAAGGCUGGUUUAUGGAAAAUUCUGACAACAAAAAAAAGAUUUUUAUAAAACUGGAUAUAACAAAAACUAAAACUUAUUUAUCAGAAAUAACAUCAGCACAAAAAAAGUUAGAAAUGUAGUAACCAUCAUACGUAGAUCAUAAUGUUACUGAGAGGGUGGAUUUUUCCCUUUAGCCUCAUUUCAAAGAUUCCCAGGGGUCCUAUGCAGACUGGGGGGUGGGAAUAUGACUGCUAUUUUCAAGUUCUUAAAAAAAAUGUAGACAGUUUAUGUAGCUAGAAAUCUUUUUAUACGAGUAUGAAUUGUGUUAUUGUCUAGUGUUUUGUGUUUCUCUUUGUGGUGUGUUUUUCUAGAUGAUCGUCAUACUGCCUAACUAAUAAGCAUUUAUCAUAUCAAACAUUAGUCGAAACACUUUAACAUAGACUGAGGUUUUCAAAAAGAAAAGGCAGAAACCGUGCCUAGAAAUUUAUAAGUCACCUUUCCCAUAAUGCACUGGGACAUUACAGUAGCUUCACCGUUGCUCAGGCCGUCAGCACAGCCUCUCGUGUAUCUCCUUACACAAGACUGUUUACAGUGACUGGAGCAGUAUGUGAAAUUUAGAGCCUGCAGAGUGGAACCAGACACACAGUGGAUCUGACUUAAAGCCUCCACAUAUCAUGUUGCGGUGAUGCUCUGAGCGGCUCCCUUACUGUGCCUUUAACCAUCAUGCCUUUACAUCGCCCGCACUUAAUAGCUUUAUUGUAGUGGACUGGUUAUUCCAUCAGGACCAAUACGUCUUCUUAGCAUAGUGCUGUUUUUUUUCAUUUUUUUACUAAAAUGGUGCAAUGAUAUACAGUAUAUUUAAAAAAAUAUUACAGCCUUUGGAAAAGCUUUACCAGCAGUACUCUGCUAGAGCAGGUUUGCUUGAGCAGAUUUCAGCAGGGUCAGUCCAGUUUCUACACAAUUAUUAUGUUACCCAGACCUGUUGUAGUGGUUGUAUUUUUAUAAACUUUUUCUCAAUUUCUGUAUUUAAAAAAAAAAAAAAAAAAAAUUCAAAUAAAUUUGUUCAAGUGCUUUA